CAGAGCGGAUGUGAAGCUCCUUCGCUCCGAGUUCGAGAGAUGCAGCCGGCCGGCAGCUACUUCCACGGGGUGAGCAAUCACCCGUUGCUGCCGUACACGACCGGGGACGUGCUGGACAGGACCUUCCGUACCAAGGGAAGCAACGUGGCCAUUGUGUCGUGCCAUCAAAACAUAACCAAAACCUACGCGGAACUCAAAAGGGACGUGGAUCAACUGGCUGCGGGGCUUGUAUCUCUCAAACUUGGUAUUCAAUCGAAAAUUGCCAUAAUCGCGUCAAACACGUACGAAUGGGUCGUGACCCAGUUUGCUACAGCCAAGGCGGGGCUUGUUCUGGUAAAUAUCAACACGGCGUUCCAAGUGACGGAACUGGAGUACUGCCUAUCACUCGGGGACUGUGUGGCAGUUAUUUACGCCGAAAACUUUGUUCGACAAGAUUACUACAAGAUGCUGCUUGAGAUAGUCCCAGAAAUAAAGGACGUCAAGCCUGGGGAGCUGAAGAGUUUUAGGCUCCCAAUGUUACAGCACAUCAUUGUAAUUGGUGACGCAGCACAACCAGGCACGAUGACGUACAGCCAGCUGAUGAACUCUGCCACACAAUGCCACAUGCAGGAAAUGCAAGUCAUCGCAUCGAAGCUUCAGUUUGACGCUCCCGUCAACAUCCAAUUCACGUCGGGCACAACAGGAAAGCCCAAAGGAGCCCUACUGUCCCAUUUCAACGUUGUCAACAAUGCGAACGCAUGUGGUCACGAGCUAGGUUUUCACGAACAGAACGAUUCCAUUUGCUUGAAUGUUCCACUGGUCCACUGCUUCGGUUGCGUCAUUGGCACAAUGGCCGCCGUGGUGUUUGGCGCUACCAUCGUGAUGCCAGCACCAAGCUUCGACGCCGUGGCCGCCUUGGAAGCCAUCUCGAAGCGAAGGUGUACGGUCAUGUACGGAACGCCCACAAUGUACAUCGACAUACUGAAUCAUCAGGAAGCCAAACGUUACGACGUCUCUUCCAUGCGUAAAGGCGUGAUGGCUGGAGCACCGUGUCCACCCGAGGUACUGAAGAACGCCAUGGCAAAGCUGAAUAUCGAACGUAUGCACAUAUUCUACGGCACGACAGAAUGUAGCCCGGUGAUCACAGGUUCCAGGCCAGAGGGACCCAUCGGCAAGUGGAUACGAACGGUGGGCAAGCCACUCGGCCACGUCGAGGUAAAAAUUGUGGACAACGAGAAUAGGGUGGUGCCACUAAACAACAGAGGCCAGCUGUGCGCCAGAGGUUACCUGGUUUUCUUGGGCUACUACAACAAUGAGCAGAAAACCGAGGAAGAGGUUCAAAACGGCUGGUACUACACUGGAGACGAAGCCCUGAUGAGCGAGGACGGUACCAUAACCAUCACAGGUCGCAUCAGAGACAUGAUCUGCCGAGGUGGCGAGAACGUGUACCCCCUCGAAAUUGAGGACUUUCUUUACAAGCAUCCGGACAUCGAAGAAGUGCAGGUUGUCGGAGUUCCGGACCGAAGACUCGGCGAAGAAGCUUGCGCAUGGAUAAAACUCAAGCCGGGAAAGACGACCACAGAGGACGAGAUCAAGGAGUUCUGCAGAAGACAGAUCAGCCACUUCAAGGUCCCAAGGUACAUUCUAUUUGUGGAUUCCUUUCCCAAGACUAUGUCCGGGAAAAUUCAGAAGUUCAAGAUGGCGGAAGAAAGUCGGAAAAAACUAAAUUUAUAACACCCUUCUUGCUUUAGAUUACGGGCUUCAUAUUAAAAUAGAGAACGCGUGGCUCUUGC